AUGGCGGUGGCGUGCAGCGACUCCAGCGUGUUUCAUGAGGUGGGAUGCGACCGGCACGAAGCCACGUUGGUCGCCAGCUACUAUUGCUUUCCGCUACAAGGCUCUGGUCGAUCAGCGCUGCGCCGGGCCACCGACAAACAGAAAGCCUCUCUGUUUGGGUCGCACACUGCGUACCUCUCCGUCCGCGACCAUGGAAAGAAGUUCAAGAUGUUCUGCUGGGACCGUGGCGUUCACCGUUUCAACUAUGGUCAUCAUGCUUCCUCGGUACAGGACGGUCAGUGGCACGAGAUUGUCCUUGCUUUCAAUGGAGACUGGGCAAAACUGUACGUGGACGGUAAACGAGUCAUGCAGCACGGCGGCUGCACUCGCUUCCGCAAAGAGCUGGGGGCGAUGCGAUUCGGCUACCACCAGUGCGAGUAUUCCAGGAUAAGUUUGUGGGACCGCGAGCUCGAAGAACGGGAGAUCUCCACGGGCAAGGCAAUCUGCUCUGAGAAGGGCUUGGUUUCCCAGUACCUGAUGGCGGACAAGAAAGAUGAGAAGGGGAAAGGCCCUGACCUGCGCGUGUCAGGUGGAGACUUUGGACGGUCCCGCUGCAAAGCAGAUUCCGCGCACGGUCUCUACGGCUCCAUCAAGGUCGGCGGCAAGGAGUACCACAAGUUCUGGUGGUUUACGAAGGGCUCCUCUUGGCCCGCAGGUAAGACAGACGUCUUGGCGGACGACUUCGGCGACUGCCAAGCAAACGACCCGGUAUGCUUUCAGAAGCUGCCGAAGGAUGAUGUGGGCAACGAGUUCCUGUGGAAGUUCGACGCAUCGAACAGCGUCGCCCAUGCCGCCUUCAAAGCUUUCGUGCCCCUUGGCCGAGGGAGGGAGGGAAGGAAGGGCGGAAGGCACGGGGAGAAGACGGAGAAGCUCAGCGGCCCGGCCUGGACUCCGCAAGUGCUGAAGGACUGCCACUCCUCACUCAGCAUGGGCCACGCCAUGUGCGGCACCGGGUGCUACCCUGCAUAUGGAAACUGCCGGAUCAAGGGAGGUGUGGACAAGCUCUCGGAUCGGUCCGACACUGGAGGUGAGGGGUCUGGAAACCACUGCACAGGACCCGCGACGGACCAUGGGCUGACCCUGUACUUCCACAAGGCUGGUGGUGGCUCGAAUUAUGUCGCGGCAAGUCUCCGUGGUGACUACGUGGCGAGCAACUUUGCCUCGGGGUCCCUGGCUGACUACGACUCCCCCGGCGGCCUUGGCAGGUGGACCUUCAAGGUGUCGAGCACUCAUAUUCCCGGAAGCGGGACCGAGAAGACGCUGCAGUAUGCGACUUCAAAGAACGAGGUACGAGCGGCGAACUGCUUCAUCACCCCGCGGAGCGAAAGGACAGCCUUCGACUUGCCAGCCAUUGGCACCAGCACCGGCGUUAUCAUUUCUCCAGCGAGUAGAGAGGGGAAAGCGGACGACAACUCGCUUGCUCUGCAUACUGGCCACAACCGGAACAAGGAGUACCUCAUGGUCAAGUUCAAAGCGACACGUGAUGUGAAUGUGGCUGGUUAUGCCACAGAGCUGGGGGCGCAUUGCGGAGGUAUCGACGUGUGGAUGUACAAGGGCUCGACACUGGUAUCCUCCAGGAAUGGCCUCAACAGUGACACGCCCUUUACCUUCCCAGCCACCACCCUUGCAGCCGGCUCCACGCUCACAAUAUCCGUUGGACCGAACGGAAAUUUCGGUUGUGAUCACUCUUCCCUCUCUCUCACAAUCAACUGA